GCCGGAAAUAGCCGGAAAUGGCGGUCGCAUUGUGCAAUGCAGUCUUUGGAACCAAGAAGCGGGUGGUUUGUUUUGCAAGUUUUGGUGCAUUUGAAGACCACUUACAAGCUUCGGGUGUCACAAUGUCAGUCGCGUAGAGUGGCCUCAAAUUUGAGAAUAAGCGCAAGUUGAAAGGUGAGUCUAGAGUCCAAGGCCUCUCCGCUGGUUUCUGCACCACUUCUCCACGGCGAAGCUGCUGUUGGCGGCAGGCCGCGCUGUGGCUGCGGGGAUGGCGGCCCACGGCUGUGCUCUGAGCUCCCUUUCCCGGCGCCUGUCAGGCACGCCCCGGCUGAUGGGGCACAGCCGGCAGCCAUGUGCAGCAGCAGCAAUUGCGCUCGGCCACGCAAUUCUACCACCAAUCAAGUGCCCUAUGCCGUCAACAUUCUUUCGAACACAAAAGACUUGCCUUGCAGCAAGUACUGUCCUGCAUUCUGUUCAGACAGGCAUACUGACGAGACUGGGAGCAGGAGGGGACGUCCAUUUGACCGGCAAUGCAAAAGGCCCAAUGAGUAAUCAGGUCAGGUGUAAUGCCACGGAGGCUGAGCAGGUGGCCGCACCACAGGUGACGGGUCAGAAGAAGAAGAAGGGCGGGCAAGGGGGGGCGGGUGCGCCGCCUGGCAAAAAGAAGAAGGAGGUCGUGGAGCAGCUGGACACCACGUCGUCGCUGGAGGACAUCCGCACCCUCCGGGUCGCAAAGGUGGAGGAGCUGCGCGCGGGGGGCCACAACCCGUUUGCGUACACGUGGCAGCGCAGCCACAGCUGCGCGGAGUUGCAGCAGCUGUACAAGGAGCUGCCGGCGGGGGAGCUGGCGGAGGGAGAAGAGGACCAGGUGGCGGUGGCGGGCAGGAUCAUGGCCAAGAGGACGUUCGGGAAGCUGGCGUUCCUCACCAUGCGGGACAGCACGGGGGAGAUCCAGUUGUACGUUGAGAAGGCCCGGGUGGACGAGACUGCGUUUGGCUGGCUCAAGGGGGGCCUGCUGGACGUUGGGGACAUUGUGGGGGCCAAGGGAACGCUCAAACGAACAGAUAAAGGAGAGCUGUCUGUCCAUGCGACCUCGCUGGCCGUCCUCACAAAGUCGCUGCUACCUCUCCCGGACAAGUUCCACGGCCUCACGGACGUGGAGAAGCGGUACCGGCAGAGGUACCUGGACAUGAUCGUGAACCCGGAGGUGGGCGACGUGUUCCGCUCGCGCGCCAAGGUGCUGUCCACCAUCCGGCGGUACCUCGAGGACCGGGGCUUCCUCGACAUCGAGACGCCCGUGCUGCAGACUGCGGCUGGUGGUGCGGAGGCGCGGCCGUUCAUCACGUUCCACAACGCGUUGGGCCAGCGAAUGUUCUUACGGAUUGCCACGGAGCUGCACCUUAAACGGAUGGUGGUGGGCGGCCUAGACCGCGUGUUUGAGAUCGGGCGUAUCUUCCGCAACGAGGGCGUCUCCACGCGCCACAACCCCGAGUUCACCUCCGUCGAGGUGUACCAGGCGUACGCGGACUACUUCGACAUGAUGGACCUCAUCGAGGAGAUGGUCACCGCGUGCGCGCUCGCCGUCCGCCACACCCUCACCUUCGACUACCAGGGCACGCCGUUGGACUUCACGCGGCCGUGGCGGCGAGCCACGAUGCACGACCUGGUCAAGGAGGCCACGGGGGUGGACUUUGAUUCGUUUGCGGGCGACGUGGAGGCGGCGCGGGCCGCAGCACUGGACGCAGUCGCAGCGGCGGGAGGCAAUGCGCGCAGCCCGGCACUGCGCAACGCCACCAGCAUAGGGUUCAUCCUGAACGAGGUGUUUGAGGAGGUGGUGGAGAAGACGCUGGUCCAGCCCACGUACGUGACGGAGCACCCCGUCGAGAUCUCGCCCCUCGCCAAGCCGCACCGAAGCAAGCCGGGCGUCACGGAGCGGUUCGAGCUGUUCAUCUACGGGCGCGAGCUGGCCAACGCCUUCUCCGAGCUGACGGACCCCGUCGACCAGCGCGCGCGGCUGGAGGCGCAGGUGGCGGCGCACACGAACCGCACGGAGGCGGAGCUGGCGGCAGCGACGUCGGAGGAGGCGAUACGCGCCGCGCAGGAGGACGCAUACGACGUGGCGCUCGACGAGGACUUCCUCACCGCGCUCGAGUACGGCAUGCCGCCCACUGCCGGCAUGGGUCUCGGAAUUGAUCGAUUGGUCAUGCUCCUGACGGACAGUGCUAGUAUACGAGACGUUAUUGCAUUCCCUGUACUGAAAAAUCACUGAAUGCGUCUGCACUGCUUCCUCAAGUUAUGCGAGAAUGUGAUCGUGACAGGACUUACCUCUGUCGAAGCAAGCUGCUGCAACCUGCUAUAUGGUCUGGCACCAGAUUCGUGCACGUGCAUCUCUUGC